AUGGCCUCUUCCGGUAUCGGUGUCCACCCCGGUUGUCUGCAAGACUACCAGACGCUCAAAUUGGGCAAAAAGCUUAAAUACAUCAUCUUCAAGUUCAGCCCAGACAACAAAGAAAUUAUCACAGAGAAGACGUCGGAAUCAGACAAUUACGAAGAUUUCAUUGCGGACCUCCCAGAGGACCAAUGCCGAUAUGCGGUAUAUGAUUUUCAAUAUGAGAAAGAAGGUGGCGGUCAGAGGAACAAGGUCUGUUUCUUCUUGUGGAACCCCGACGCGGCAUCGGUCAGGUCCAGGAUGUUGACCGCCUCUUCGAAGGACGCCUUAAAGAAGUCGUUCGAUGGUAUUCAUUUCGAUAUACAAGGAAGUGACUUGAGUGAGGUUUCAUACGAGAAUGUGUUGGAGAAAGCCAGCAAAUCAUUCUAA